CCCCUCCGACCCACACCACGGCUCACCAGUGCCCGCCCGCCGCGUGAGAAGCUCGCAUGCGACCACUACACAACAUGGCCGACAAGAAGUUUACGAGGAAGGAGAUCGCCGAGCGAAACUCCAAGGACAACGCCGUCUUCAUCAUCGACAACAGCGUGUUCGACGUCACCAAGUUCCUGGACGAGCAUCCCGGCGGACACGAGGUUUUAUUGGGCGUCGCCGGCAAGGAUGCCACCGAGGACUUCAACGACGUCGGCCACAGUCUCGAUGCCAAGGAGUUGAUGCUCAAGUACAAGAUCGGAGCGGUGGUGGACGAGGACAGAGUGGAAGUGAAGAAACAGUCGGUGACGUGGACGAUCGCGAGCGACACAGAGAAGGAGAGCAGUUUCGUGAGCUCGUGGAAGUUCCCGGUGCUGCUCGGGAUCCUGGCGACCGUCCUGUACACGUACCUGUUCGGGUAGAGACGAGAAUACCAGACGCAAAGCGCAGUGAACUAAGGCUAGUAGGUGCGGACCCUGCGCUCGAAUUGCGCAGUAAAACAGUUACGACGGCCUAGACCUUCGACCUGCGCUAAAUAUUUUAUUAACAACGUGGACUGUCCGUGUGUGUGUGAGUGUGUGUGUGAAGGGCCACGAACUGUGAGUGUGUGUGAAUGCGUACCCGUCUUGGCAGGAUAUAAAAGCGGGUGAAAUUGACGAAUUGUAAACGUGAGGUUUAUAUACAACUAUUGUGUGUAUAGUAAUUAAUAAAUUAUUUUUGUUACA